CGCAUGCGCUUUGCACCGCGUCGCGCCUUCCUUCGCGAAAAACGGCGCGAGUCGAACCGGAAGCGGCGGUGGCGUCAUCGGCAGCGCGCCGCGGGGGCGGGGCGACGGGCCCGGCAUGAGCGCGGCCGAGCGGGGCCCGGGCCCGGGGGGUGGCGGCGGCCCCGACCCCGCGACGGAACCGGGGGGCGGCGGGGGCGGCGGCCGUAAGGCGAGGGGACGGCCGCGGUUGACAGAAUCGGACCGUGCGCGGCGGCGGUUGGAAUCCCGGAAGAAGUACGACGUGCGGCGGGUGUACCUGGGCGAAGCGCACGGGCCCUGGGUCGACCUGCGCCGCCGCAGCGGCUGGAGCGAUGCCAAGCUGGCGGCCUACCUGCUGGGCCUGGAGCGAGGGCAGCGCGCCGGGCGGCGGGGGAAACCGUGGGAGCAGAUCCCCAAAAAACCCAAACGGAAGAAAAGGCGACGGCGCAAUGUGAACUGCCUGCGGCACGCGGUGAUCUGGUACGAGGACCACCGGCAGCGCUGCCCCUACGAGCCGCGGCUGGCGGAGCUGGACCCCUCGGUGGGGCUCUAUACCACGGCCGUCUGGCAGUGCGAGCGCGGGCACCGCUACUUCCAGGACCUGCACUCGCCUCUGCGGCCGCUCAGCGACUCGGACGGUGACAGCGAUGAUGACGCAGCAGCUCCUGGCAGCUCCUCCUCCUCCUCGGGGGGCUGCAGCUCGGGCUCGGAGGCGACGCCGGGGGGGGGCCCUCCAGCCUCAGGGGAGGCGGCAGUGGCCCCCCCUGUGGGUCCAGGCCCCCCUGAGGGCAUCGCGGAAGGGCGGGGGGCAGCACUGGAGGCUGUGGUCUGCGUGCCGCUACCGCUGCCUCUGCGGUUGGGCACGGGGCGGGGGGCGCUGGCCGAGGGGGGGGCCCCCACCCUGCUGCAGGGGCCCCCCCUCCUCAUCUUGGCCAGCCCCAGUUAUGAUGCGUUGGGGGGGCUGCAGCUGGAUGUGGCGGGGGAUGAGGUGCCCUGUACUCUGCUGGAGGGGGGGGGCAGCUUCCCCCCACCCCCCCUGGACUCCCACAUCCCUAAGACAGAGGAGGACGAGGUGCUGGGGUUGAAGCAGGAGGAGGUGCCCCCCCCCGCCGCCGAGCCCCCCCCGCAGACCCCUCUGGAGCCCCCUUUGGAGGCCCCUCCACCCCCUCUGGCUGAGGACGCCAAUGUAUCUGCCAUCAUCUACGAAAUCCCCAAAGAGCCCGAGAGGCGACGGCGGAGCAGGCGGGGCCGUGCCCCCUGCCCCGACCCCGAGGGACUCCCAGAGCCGAUCGCCUGCCCCUACGCCGGCUGUGGCCAGGUCUACGUCGCUCUCAGCAGCUUCCAGAACCACGUCAACCUGGUGCACCGCAGGGGCCGGACCCAGCAGUGCCCCCAGCCUGGCUGCGGGAAGAGGUUUUACCUGGCCAACCACCUGCGCCGGCACAUGGUCAUCCACUCCGGCGUGCGGGAGUUCACCUGUGAGACCUGCGGGAAGUCCUUCAAGCGCAAGAACCACCUGGAGGUGCACAGGCGGACGCACACGGGGGAGACCCCCCUGCAGUGUGAGGUCUGCGGGUACCGCUGCCGCCAACGUGCCUCGCUGACGUGGCACAUGAGGCGCCACGGGGGGCCGGGGCUGCGCCCCUUCCCCUGCGAGCGCUGCGGCAGGCGUUUCGAGCGCCCCGAGGGCCUCAAGUUCCACUCGCUCAAGAGCCACCCCGAGCCCCGUGGCACCUAGGGGGGGGCCACGUCCCCCCCCCCCCCCACUGGGUCACCACGCCAUCCCUGCGGCUGCCCCGCAGCAGAUGGAGGGGAGAGGUGCCCCCCAGGGGUCCUGACCCCCCCCUCAUGGGGCACCUGGAGCUCCAUGCAUUGGGUGGAGCCCCUCACCCCCCCCAGCACUGGGGAGCCUCCUCUGGGGCACCCCCCCCAGCAUCCCCCACUGCCCUGCCCCCCCGCCUUUAUUUAUUUCCUGACUCUCCGUUGUCAUUUCCCUCUCCCCUGCGGCAAAUGGGGCUGGGAGGGGUAGUGGGGACCCUGCUGUUGGUUUUUUGGGGGGACACACACAGACCUGACCCCCCCGGCCCCCCCCCCAGUUCCAUUAAAGUGAUU